ACAAAUUUUCCCUAGUCACUUUUUUUUGUAUACCAAGCAACACUAGCAAGUCAAGCAAAAUGACAAAAGCAAAUACAACUGGAUUACUUUUGGUUGAUUUGAUUAAGCGCUUUGGUAGACCCAUUGGUUACGAGUCCAUCAUGGAUCUGAUUUCUGACGCUUCAGAACAGUCGCUGAGUAAAAAAGGUCGCAGAACUGUGAGGGAAACCCUCGAUGCUGCCAUUGAACUUGGAUUUCUACAGCAAAAUGGGCGCUGCCAGUUUAUAGUAACUCCGCUAACACUUGAAACAACGCUGACCAUUAUGAAUACUGCAGAUUUGGAGGAUAAUUGUUCCAACUGUGAUUCAGAUUCGUUAGUGGAUCCGAAAGUGGAAGCGUUGGGUGGUGACAGCCUGAUGACCAUGGUUUCUACUUUUCGACCAAAAAAAAGCGGCAGUCAUUCGAGCGCAAAGGGGCACAGGUCUGGUGCUGGUUCUUUGAAGUAUAAGAAGUCGAAGCCACGACCCAAGAAUUGUCUUCACUGUCAAC